AUGCCAGCAACUUUAUCCGCUCCGGAACCAGAUAGCUGCUGUUUGAUGAAUCAAGGAAAAAAAGUUCACGGUCCAUUUAAUUCAAAAGAACAAGAAGAUCUCGGUGAUCACUGUAGUAUUUGUAGCGGUAAAUCAUCGGAAGAAGUAAAUAAUGGCGAAGAGGGUCAAGGCAGUGACAAUUUGAAGGAAGUUACACGAAAUUAUAUGAAAUCAAAAGGUAUCAUCGAGGAAGUGCCAAAUCUGUAUGAGUCAUUUUCAUCAUCAACACUUUUAUCGAUGGACAAGUUGAUGUCGAUACAGAACCAACGGAUAGAAACAAUCGUAAAAACACUUAAACAAAAUACUGAUGAUCAGACGUCACAAUUCACCCUAAUACACGACGUAAUCUCAAAUAUAGAACCUCUAAUAGAGAUGGUUGAUAAAUUAUCAACAAAAGUCGAAAAUAAUGAAAUUGAAUUACAAAGAAUAAGACGUCUAGUAGCCUGGUAUUGGAGGUUAGCGUAUAGUGGUUUUCUCGUAGCGGUUGUGGUGUUGGCGAUUGGGUGGUGUUUUUUCGUUGCUGGUGAUGAUGACGUUGUUCGGGAUGAGGAUGACUUGUAUAAAAAUUUGUUUUAA